AUGGUCUCCAGCUUUAGGGUGUCUGAGCUGCAAGUGCUACUGGGCUUUGCUGGACGGAACAAGAGUGGCCGCAAGCAUGACCUCCUGAUGCGGGCGCUGCACCUGCUCAAGAGCGGCUGCAGCCCUGCCGUCCAGGUCAAGAUCCGAGAGCUGUACCGGCGCCGCUACCCGCGGACUCUGGAGGGCCUGUCUGACUUGUCUGCCAUCAAGCCGUCAGUUUUCACCCUGGACGGGGGCUCCUCGCCAGUGGAGCCCGAACUGGCCGUGGCUGGGAUCCACACGUUGCCUUCCACGUCCGUGACGUCGCGCUCCCCGUCCUCCCCCGUGGGCUCUGUGCUGCUCCAGGACGCCAAGCCUGCCUUUGAGAUGCAGCAGCCAUCCCCGCCGAUGCCUCCUGUCCACCCCGACGUGCAGCUGAAAAACCUGCCCUUCUAUGACAUCCUCGAUGUGCUCAUCAAGCCCACGAGUUUAGUUCAAAGCAGUAUUCAGCGAUUUCAAGAGAAGUUUUUUAUUUUUGCUUUGACACCUCAACAAGUUAGAGAAAUAUGCAUAUCCAGGGAUUUUUUGCCAGGUGGGAGGAGAGAUUAUACGGUCCAAGUUCAGUUGAGACUUUGCCUGGCAGAGACAAGUUGCCCUCAAGAAGAUAACUACCCAAAUAGUUUGUGUAUAAAAGUAAAUGGGAAGCUGUUUCCUUUGCCUGGCUACGCACCACCCCCUAAAAACGGGAUUGAGCAGAAGCGUCCUGGCCGCCCCCUAAACAUCACGUCUCUAGUUAGGCUGUCUUCAGCUGUGCCAAACCAGAUUUCCAUUUCUUGGGCAUCGGAAAUUGGGAAGAAUUACUCCAUGUCUGUAUAUCUCGUACGACAGCUCACAUCAGCCAUGUUAUUACAGAGAUUAAAAAUGAAAGGUAUUAGAAACCCUGAUCAUUCCAGAGCACUAAUUAAAGAGAAGCUCACCGCAGAUCCCGAUAGUGAAGUUGCUACGACUAGCCUCCGGGUGUCCUUGACAUGCCCUUUAGGGAAAAUGAGGCUGACAAUCCCAUGCCGUGCAGUGACCUGUACACAUCUGCAGUGCUUCGAUGCUGCCCUUUAUCUGCAAAUGAACGAGAAGAAACCCACCUGGAUUUGUCCUGUGUGUGACAAAAAGGCUGCCUAUGAAAGUCUUAUAUUAGAUGGACUUUUUAUGGAAAUUCUCAAUGACUGUUCUGAUGUGGAUGAGAUCAAAUUCCAAGAAGAUGGUUCCUGGUGUCCCAUGAGACCGAAGAAAGAAGCUAUGAAAGUGCCCAGCCAGCCGUGUCCGAAAAUAGAGAGUUCAAGUGUCCUCACCAAGCCUUGCUCAGUGACUGUAGCCAGUGAGGCCAGCAAGAAGAAAGUGGAUGUCAUUGACCUAACGAUAGAAAGCUCUUCUGAUGAAGAGGAAGACCCUCCUGCCAAAAGGAAAUGCGUCUUUAUGUCAGAAACACAGAGCAGCCCAACCAAAGGGGUUCUCAUGUAUCAGCCAUCCUCUGUAAGGGUGCCCAGUGUGACUCCGGUCGACCCUGCCGCGCUCCCGCCUUCAUUAACCGACUACUCAGUCCCAUUCCACCACACGCCAAUCUCGAGCAUGCCAUCCGAGUUGCCAGGUUUGGAUUUUCUUUCCCUUAUUCCAGUUGAUCCCCAGCAGUACUGUCCUCCUAUGUUUUUGGAUAGUCUCACCUCACCCUUAACCGCAAGCAGUACGUCUGUCACCACCACCAGCCCCCAUGAGAGCAGCCCUCACGUCGCCUCGUCCAGCAGCAGGAGUGACCCCGGGGUCAUCACCAGCAGCAGCGGCAGCAUUCCUGAUGUCAUCUCGCUGGACUGAGGAGGGCUUGCUAGGUUCUGGGAGGCGCCCGUCAGAACUGCUCACCCUCGGCUCUCUGGGCUGUGGACACGACUUUUUGGCAAGUACUUUACUAUUUAUUGCGAGCCGAGUGGAUUCUUCUGCUUCCUGAGAGAGGUGCACAGAUGGCGCGAGGAGCAGCGCAGACGCGGUCAGCAUCGCCGCGGCUUCCCCUGAGGUGGAGCUCACUGUCCCUUGAGGGAUGGAGUCUGCAGGUCAGUUCGCCUGUUCUGGUUGCGAUAAACAGCAAUAAAAAUUAUGUAAAUACGCAAGCAAACUUUUUUCUAAUGGGAAAGAAAGUUGUAAUCACUGAUUCUAGAAUGACAGCGACUUCGGUUGCCCUGAUGUGAAGGAAGAACCCACGCAAGGACUUGUGUGACUGGAGAGCCCUCUCCGUGGAGACCCCCUGUUUCGUUGAAGUGAUGACGCCUCUGCGGGCGGCGAGCCUGGGCUCCACUUCUCCCUGCGGGGCUGCUUCUCUCUGCGGUCGCCGUGAUCCCACCAAGGCAUGCCCGCCUGGGCACCCUUCAUCCUGGCCUUGGUUGCGAGGAGCGUGGGCUGCGGUGCUGGGCCCCUGUUCUUCACGGUGACGUGCAGGAUGUCGUGCAGAUCCUGCUCUGACUUCAUGUGUCUGGUUUUGGUGCCUGUACCUCCUUCUUUCUAGACAUUUUUGUAAACUUGGGACUCACCUUCCCAAGAAGUCCCCUGCAGCCGCUGAAGGAGGUGUUCUGGGGUGUGGCGUGACCAAGUUGGUUGUCAGCUCUAUUCACACCUGUCACGUGUCAGUAGUGUGGAGGCAGCUUACAGGUUGUGGGAGGUGGGAUAGCAGAGGUUAAUUUCUUCCUAAGAAGUUAAUUUUCUCCUUUAUUUUAUAGAACAGUACACAAGUAUUUGUUGAAACUGUUCAUAUUCUAGUAGCAAUGACGUACAAAAUGUUUCAGAUCUCUGAUCAUAUUUCUUAUCGAUGUAAUUUCAGUCUCAGUGAUUUUCAGAUUUAAGGAAAAAACACAAUAGCAAGGGAUGGGGGAUCCUCAGAUUUCUUUCUCCCUUUUUAAAAAAGAAAAUCUUUCCCGAAAUCACAAAAGAUCCAGGAGAAUUAGAAAUGUUUUGAUUAAUGUGAGGAAGGGCUGGGAGGACGGGCCUGAGCCCCUCCCUAUCUCACCCAGGGAGCCCGAGGCAGCACUCGGCACACUCUGGAAACCUGUCUCGGUGUGUUGGGUUUUAGAUCAUGCAGGAAACUGAAUUUUAUUCUUAGAGAAACAUUUUCGUCUAGCUUUUGUCAUUGAUGUCAUUCAGCUUCCAGAGUCAUUUCUCAGUUCACAAGGAUGUAGUGCUUUCCUGAUGUUUAGUUCUCUCUCCCCAAGCUGUGUCCACUUUAAGAGAAAGUCCCUUUCUAAAGGCCACUCGAACCACUUUCUCAAACGGAAGUGCCCCAGGAGGACCCCGCCAUUUCCGUUAGCAUGGCCACAUGCUGCCAUGCUGCUGUAGGGUGCCUGCCACCCCAGGGAGCAACUAUCCUUGCCGGGUUCUGUACUCUCCUCCUGGUGGUCCAUGAUGUCAUCUCAUAGGUUUCCGUGGCUCCUCCUGUGGUGACACCACCCUGACUCGGUGUCUCAUCCUUCUGUGGGGCUGCUCACACUUAGGGCUUUGGGGCAAACAGACCGAGCAGCCUGUAGCAGUUGUUGCGACACAUUUGCCAGCUUGCCUGCCAGGUCUCCAAGCUCUGCUGCAGCUUUCUGGGCCAGAUAGGGAGUUUCUUGGUGAGAUUUUAUGUUGCUGCUCUACAUACAGAUGGGAUUUCUAUUGACUGUAAUCAGCAAAAGUAACUUGAUUUGUGUGGUAUAAUUUGUGAAUAAAGAAAUGAUGUGUAUUGGUUA